CCACCCCAGCUCGGUCCCGCUCGCUAGUCGCGGCCGGGCGGCCCUUUCGCGUGUCCGCGCUCCCUCCCCUCCUCCUCCUCUUCCUCCUCCUCCUCCUCCUCCUCCUCCUCCUCCAUUUUGCGAGCUCGAGUCUGUGACGGGAGCCCGAGUCGCCGCCCGUCCGUCGGGGACGGAUUCUAGUGGGUGGAAGGAGACGCAGCAGCUGGAGCGGCCGAAGCGGCGAAGCGCCGGGACGGAGGACGCGCGCCCCGAGCCCGGCCCGCAGAGAGGGCGCGGAGCGGGGGACUGGCUUGUCAGCCGGGAAAUGGGAGACUUUCUUAAAUAGGGGCUCUCCCUUCCCCCCAUGGAGAAGGGGGCAGCUGUUUACUUCCUUUUUUUUUGAAAAAAAUCUAUCUCCUGCUCCUCCUGCUUUCACAUGCCAAGUUGUUUAUCUCGGCUGCGGUGGGAACUGCGGACGGUGGCGGGUGAACGGCACCUCUCCCAGAGCUGAUAAUCACUGAUGGACUCUCAGGAAUCAUUAAGCCCCCCAAGUAGAGAAGAAAUCCCCAGCAGUGUGCUUGGUCGGGAAAGGAGAAAUGUGAUGGACUUCUGUAAAACCCUAAGGGGUGGAGCUACUGUGAAAGUUUCUGCAUCUUCAUCCUCACUGGCUGCUGCUUCUCAGUCAGACUCCAAGCAGCAACGACUUUUGGUUGAUUUUCCAAAAGGCUCAGGAAGCAAUGCGCAGCAGCCAGAUUUGUCCAAGGCAGUUUCACUCUCAAUGGGACUGUAUAUGGGGGAGACAGAAACAAAAGUGAUGGGAAAUGACCUGGGAUUCCCACAGCAGGGCCAAAUCAGCCUUUCCUCUGGGGAAACAGACUUUCGGCUUCUGGAAGAAAGCAUCGCAAACCUCAGUAAGUCGACCAGUGUUCCAGAGAACCCCAAGAGUUCAGCAUCCGCUGCCGUUUCUGCUGCCCCCCCAGAGAAGGAGUUUCCAAAAUCCCACUCUGAUGUGUCUUCAGAACAGCAAAAUUUGAAGAGCCACACUGGCACCAAUGGGGGCAGUGUGAAGCUGUACACCACAGACCAAAGAACCUUUGACAUUUUGCAGGAUUUGGAGUUUUCUUCUGGGUCCCCAGGUAAAGAGACAAAUGAGAGUCCUUGGAGAUCAGACCUCUUGAUGGAUGAAAACUGUUUGCUUUCUCCUUUGGCAGGAGAGGAUGACCCAUUCCUUUUGGAAGGAAACUCGAAUGAAGACUGUAAGCCUCUUGUUUUACCGGACACUAAACCUAAAAUUAAGGAUAAUGGAGAUCUGAUCUUAUCAAGCCCCAGCAGCGUGACACUGCCCCAAGUGAAAACAGAAAAAGAAGAUUUCAUUGAACUCUGCACCCCUGGAGUAAUUAAGCAGGAGAAACUGGGCCCAGUUUACUGUCAGGCAAGCUUUUCUGGGGCAAAUAUAAUUGGUAAUAAAAUUUCUGCCAUUUCUGUUCACGGCGUGAGCACCUCUGGGGGACAGAUGUACCACUAUGACAUGAAUACAGCAUCCCUUUCUCAACAACAGGAUCAGAAGCCUGUUUUUAAUGUCAUUCCACCAAUCCCUGUUGGUUCAGAAAAUUGGAGUAGGUGCCAAGGAUCUGGAGAUGACAACUUGGCUUCCUUGGGGACUUUGAACUUCUCUGGCCGAUCGGUUUUUUCUAAUGGCUAUUCAAGCCCUGGAAUGAGACCAGAUAUAAGCUCUCCUCCAUCCACCUCCUCAGCAGCGACGGGACCACCUCCCAAACUCUGCCUUGUGUGUUCUGAUGAAGCCUCGGGAUGUCAUUACGGGGUCCUGACGUGUGGAAGCUGUAAAGUCUUCUUCAAAAGAGCGGUGGAAGGUAGACAGCACAAUUAUCUUUGUGCUGGAAGAAAUGAUUGUAUCAUUGAUAAAAUUCGAAGAAAAAACUGCCCAGCAUGCCGCUAUCGAAAAUGUCUUCAAGCUGGAAUGAACCUGGAAGCUCGAAAAACAAAGAAAAAGAUAAAAGGAAUUCAGCAGGCCACUGCAGGAACCUCCCAAGAAACUGCUGAAAAUCCUAACAAAACAAUAGUUCCUGCAGCGUUGCCGCAGCUCACCCCUACCCUGGUGUCCCUGCUGGAAGUCAUUGAGCCCGAGGUGUUAUACGCGGGGUAUGACAGCACCGUUCCAGAUUCCUCGUGGCGCAUCAUGACCACACUUAACAUGUUAGGUGGACGGCAAGUGAUUGCAGCCGUGAAAUGGGCAAAGGCGAUACCAGGAUUCAGGAACUUACACCUGGAUGACCAAAUGACCCUACUGCAAUAUUCAUGGAUGUUCCUCAUGGCGUUUGCCCUGGGAUGGAGAUCCUACAGACAAACAAGUGCAAACUUGCUGUGUUUUGCUCCUGAUUUGGUUGUUAAUGAGCAGAGGAUGACUCUACCCAGCAUGUAUGACCAAUGUAAACAUAUGCUAUUUGUUUCCUCUGAGUUACACAGGCUUCAGGUAUCUUAUGAAGAGUAUCUCUGUAUGAAAACCUUACUGCUUCUCUCUUCAGUUCCUAACGAAGGUUUGAAGAGCCAAGAGCUGUUUGAUGAAAUUAGAAUGACCUACAUCAAAGAGCUAGGGAAAGCCAUUGUCAAGCGGGAAGGAAACUCCAGUCAGAACUGGCAGCGGUUUUAUCAACUGACAAAGCUCUUGGACUCCAUGCAUGAGGUGGUUGAAAAUCUCCUUCAAUAUUGCUUCCAGACAUUUUUGGACAAAACCUUGAGUAUUGAAUUCCCAGAGAUGUUAGCUGAAAUCAUCAGCAAUCAGUUACCAAAAUAUUCAAGUGGAAAUAUCAAAAAGCUUCUGUUUCAUCAAAAGUGACUGCCUUAACAAGAAAGGUUGCCUUAAGGAGAGUUGGCUUUAUAGCUUUUAUUGUACAAACUAUCAAUUUGUCCAAUAGUGGUUUUGUUUUAUUUUUCCUUUUUUGUUUAUGUCUGGUUUUUGUUUUUGUUUUGUUUUAAAUACGCACUACAUGUGGUUUCUAGAGGGCCAAGACUUGGCAACAAAAGCAGUUGAGCCAUCAAUUUUCUGUGAUGGGAAAAGUAGAAAUUGAUAGUUGGUGGAUCCCAGAAACGAGCAACAACGAUGGGGGGCUAAUCUCCGCUGUCAGAGAAGGAUGGCACCCAAACCACCAGUGCCCAGUCUGCGCAAUGAACCUUCUGCUCAUACUUUUCACAGUUGGCUGGACAAAAUUUUCUAGACUUUCUGUUGGUGUAUUUUCCCCCUGUAUAGUUAGGAUAGCAUUUUUGAUUUAUGCAUGGAAAUCUGAAAAAAGUUUACAAGUGUAUAUGAGAAAAGGGAAGUUGUGCCUUUUAUAGCUAUUACUGUCUGGUUUUAACAAUUUCCUUUAUAUUCAGUGAACUACGCUUGCUCAUUUUUUUCUUACAUAAUUUUUGUAUUCAAGUUAUUGUACAGCUGUUUCAGAUGGGCAGCUAGUUCAUGGCUUUCCUAAAUCAACUCUAAACAUGAAUCUUCUGUGUGAAAAUGGGUUGGUGCUUCUCACCUGAUGGCACUUUGCCAUCAGAAGACCAUAAAAAUUGACUCAAAUCUCCAGUAUUCUUGUCAAAAAAAAGCUCUUAUUUUGUAUAUAUCUACUUCGGUGAAGAAUAGGUUAUGCAAAUUAACCACCCUAACUGGUGUAGAGCACCUAGUCCAGUGACCUGCUGCGUAAACUGUGGGUGAUGGUUGCAAAAGACUAAUUAAAAAAAAACCCAAAAACUACCAGGAGGCCCUGUAUCUAAUCUGCAACAGUCAGAUGGCAAGAAAGUCGAUAAACUGUCUUUCAGGACCUUUUGUUGUAGUUUGUAUAACUUCUUAAAAGGUAUGAUUCCAGAUAACUAGCUGAAACACAGCUGAGAGAUUUUAAUCAGACCAAGAAUUCCUCUCACUAAACUUUACUCCCCCAAAUCAAUCUCUAAUAUGGCAAAAGUGGCAGGACACCCAUUUUCACAUUCCCAUCUGUCAAUAAUUGGUCUCUCUUUCCUAGUGGUCCAGGAAAGCUCAGCUACUGAUUUCUGUGGUUUAGAAGUGUAUGUCAGACUUCCGUGUUUGUAAAACUACACACCCCUCACAUCCCUAUGUGUGCCAUAGAAUUUAACAAAAGCCUUGUGAAUUUCUCCUUCUGUCAAGAAUUAUCAUUUUAAACAAGAUAGAAGCUGUAGUAGCCCUUUCUGUGUGCACCUUAUCAACUUUCUGUAAACUCAAAACUUAUAUUUACUAAGCCACAAGAAAUCUGAUUUCUAUUCAAGGUGGCCAAAUUAUUUGUGUAAUAGAAAACUGAAAAAUCUAAUAUUAAAAGUAUGAAACUUCUAAUAUAUUUUUAUAUUUAGUUCUAGUUUCAGAUAUAUAUCAUAUUGGUAUUCACUAAUCUGGGAAGGGAAGGGCUACUGCAGCUUUACAUGCAAUUUAUUAAAAUGAUUGUAAAAUAGCUUGUAUAGUAUAAAAUAAGAAUGAUUUUUAGAUGAGAUUGUUUUAUCACGACAUGUUAUAUAUUUUUUGUAGGGGUCAGAGAAACGCUGAUGGAUGACCUAUAUGAUGUAUAGUGUAUGCAAGCAUUCAUACAGGCAGCAGUGGUCUCAGAAACCAAACAGGUUUCUCUAGGCCUAGGGGAAGAAGGUGAUGGAGACUGGCCCUGUGUGCAGUGAAGGUUGCUGAGGCUCCGUCCCACUCAGAUCAGAGGAAGUAAUCCUCUGCCUCCCAGAAUGACCACCCUUCUUAUUCCAAUAGUGAGUCUGUCCACCCAGGUUUAGAUUACUCAGUCUCCCUUUGUGCUAAAGUUGUGUUAACCGGAGACAGAAAGGUGGUGCUUCCAUGCUUCAGGCACCAUCUAAUAGCAGGGUGACUUUCACAUACAGCCUCUCCAACAGCUUAAUAAAAACAGAGGCUUUAGAAGUUUGGCAAUAAUACGCAUAGAGGUACCAGCAAUAUGUAAAUAGUGCAGAAUCUCAUAGGUUGCCAAUAAUACACUAAUUCCUUUCUAUCGUACAAGACUUCUUUUCCAAACAAAAUGACAUGUUGACGUUUUCUUUGAAUGCUUUUUGAAUGUUAUUUGUUAUUUUUCAGUAUUUUGGAGAAAUUAUUUAAUAAAAAAUGUAAUAAUUUGCUUUUUGAAUGCUCUCUAAAAGGGAAUGUUCCUUUUGUAAUGGUUUAAAUUGAUCUCAAAGUAUUUUAAGAUGGAUGUGAAAUUUUUGGUGCCUAAGAAAUACUGCUUGAAUAUUAUCAUCAAUGACAGUGUUAAGUUUCAAAAAGAACUUCUGAAAGAUAAAUUAUUGUUCAUUUAUAGAAUGUUAUAUGGUUAAAACCAGAAAGCACAUCACACAAUCUUAUUUUAGUCCCAACAACCUUGGCUCUUAAAAAGAGUUCAGUGAAAAAAGGUAUGUGCACUUUGUUCUUAAAAAGAAGUCAGCUGACAUUCAUAGAACUAUAGGAGGCUGUACAGUAAAUGGAAAAAGCAGUGUCCUUUUUGAAUAUGUGAGAAAGAAAAAAGUUAUCUUAAUUAUAUUGUUCUUCUGAGUAGUUAUGGAUUUAAGUGCAAAAAGCUGGUGCUACUUGAAAGCAGCUUCAUUUUCUUUGUAUGUGGUAUCUUGCCAUCGCAAACGAUUUCAUUUCAGUGAGAACUUCAGUGAGAGUUGGUGACACGCCUAGGUGACUCACAACAAAUUCUGAAAAGUACUUUUAAUUACUGAUGAAAAAAAGAGUGAUCCUCUUGGUGUUUUUAGGCCUUGCUGUGUGAUGCUAUACAAGUGCUUUUGGGGGGGAAUCUAUACCCAAUCAUCUAAAACUAUAGGAGGGGACCCUAAAAGAGCACCUACCUUCUCCUCGGGGGGUGGGGGGGAUGGCAGCCCGAAAGGAAAACCAGCAUGGUGAGUGUCCAUGAAGAGCCUGAUAACUAGCACAGGAUUAGCUCUGGGCGUGCACACAGAGGAAAGCGACCUCACUUCAGGAUUGGGCAGUGGGAGGGGUGAACCAUGCCAAUUGUCCUUAUCUGUACAACCUAUUAUCAUUAAGUCUUAUCGUUUUCUAGUUCUCUGUUAAAUACCCUAAAACUACAUCAUCAUGCAAUGAACAAUAUUAUUAGACUCUGAUCUGUCAAAAUUCAAGAACCAUGGCAGCCCUUGGUGAGAUUUGCUGAUCUUGGUUGGUCAUUCGGAAGACGGUAGCUGUAGAUGAAUGUGUUUCUAUGUGCCUGGUUUGAGAGGGGGAAAGGAAAAUGAGCGUAAGGGGGACACUUGAACCACUUUGAGUGGAAGUUUCAUCAUUUCCCAGACUUAUCCGUCAGCCUGGUCCACCAAAGACGAGUGAACAGGUUUUUGGGAAAGGAUUAGCUUCUCUCUAGUAAAUGCCUGAAAGGAGGAUUUUAUUUUCUGAUGAAAGGCUCUAUGAAAAUACCCUCCUCAAAUAACUUGCUUAACUACAUAUAGAUUCAAGUGUGUCAAUAUUCUAUUUUGUAUAUUAAACAAAUGCUAUAUAAUGGGGGCAAAUCUAUAUUAUACUGUGUAUGGCAUUAUUAAGAAGCUUUUUCAUUAUUUUUUAUCACAGUAAUUUUAAAAUGUGUAAAAAUUAAAACCAGUGACUCCUGUUUAAAAAUAAAAGUUGUAGUUUUUUAUUCAUGCUGAAUAAUAACCUCUAGUAAAAAAAAAAUGUCUUUUUACCUACACAGUGAAAUGUCAGACUGUAAAAUCUUGUGUGGAAAUGUUUAACUUUUAUUUUUCAUUUAAAUUUGCUGUUCUGGUAUUAUCAAACCACACAUUUGUACUGAAUUGGCAGUAAAUGUUAGUUAGCCAUUUACAGCAAUGCCAAAUAUGGAGAAACAUCAUAAUAAAAAAAUCUGCUUUUUCA